GAAGGAGAGAGAACGAGUUCUUGCGCCCCAUGUGGAAUCAUGUUGCUGCGAUGGCUGAGCCUCCCCUUCAGCGCGGCGGCCAUGAGCUGCUUCUCGGAGAUCAAGUUCGGGUGGUGCGAGUACAGCAGCCUUGAGCCUUCGCAGCCCCCAAGCUGUCCAGACUACGUCUUCAGCAUCGCGGGCUUCCAGCGGAAGCUGGACUCCCACUACCACGCUGGGGCGCGGCCGCCCCUUUUGGAGGCCUUCUUCCUGGUCCGACUGCACGACGACUACAAGCAAAGCCUUGUGGAUGCCGACUGCCCCAACCCUCUGAUCUUCGCCUUGCUGUUGGCCAGCGAGGUGAGCCUCCUGGCGCCGCCCUGGAAGGACCUUGACCGGGCCUUUGGGCUGGCUUCAAGCGCGAUGCAGCUGAAGUCGACGGAGAUGGGUGAGCUGCUGCAGGACUUUGCCAUGGCGGCUUCCACCGAAGGCCGGCAGCUCUACGAGUGGGGCCUGCGUUUGGCGAAGGAGGCCUCCCCGUUCCAGCAGCACUUGAUGGCGUCGCGCCCGGCGGCCUGGCCGCUGCAGGCCGCGAUCAAGCGCGUGCAGGACGCCCAGGACGCCUUGGGAGAUGCAGUGCCCUUGGCGCUGAUGCCGCGCGACGGCGCGGUACCCUGCGAGACGACGAUCCGCGCGUUGGCCGCGUCGUUUCGGACGGCGUGCGUGGAGUCCGCCAAGGCGCCCUUCAGGGUGGACUUUGUGGUGGCGCACUGCCGGGAGACCUUGGACUGGCUGGUUCUCAAGCUGCAGCGAGUGCCGCCCCACUCCAGGUCUCACGCUUAG